AAAAUUACUCGUACAACCUUACUCCUUAGGUUAUUUUGACCGUUCAAUUCACGGAGUCACGGACCAUCUCUGGAAGCCGGAAAAUAGAAGAUAUGGGUGCUCGCUGCUGCGCAUUUUGGUGAAGAGUUGAAGACUGAAGUCGUUUGUGAGAAGGUCAAGGAUCACUAUCUAAAUGAGUUUUGCUAAUGGUAAUCAAUCAUCACCAUGCAGAUAUGACCCAUGCAGUCUUUUGUCUAGGAAUAUAUAUGGCUGCUUCUAGCCUCAAUAGAAGAUAGAUCUACAACUUCAUUCACUCGUUGAAACCAUAGACAAAACAAAAAGUCACGCUUGGCAGCGGGAAUGAUAGCAUCAACGGUGAAGAAGCCAUUGUUGGGACUCACUGUCCUAGCUUUCUCCAUCUUCAUAGCCAUCAUUUUGUUUCCUCCUUUAAAUCCCUUUUCUGACACCCUAUUUUCUCCCAAUUCUUUGCUACACGAAAGGCCAGAAAUAUGGAGUGCCCGAAGGCUCGUGGGAUGGCGGCCUUGCAAUUGGUGGAUUCAACAGAACUUUAAUGCUCUCCCAGAUGAGACCAAUGGUUAUAUCAGAGUGGAUUGUUAUGGUGGGCUCAAUCAGAUGAGGCGUGAUUUAUGUGAUGGAGUUGGCGUAGCUCGUUUACUUAAUGCAACUCUUGUUCUGCCCAAGUUUGAAGUCGCUGCAUACUGGAAUGAAUCAAGUGAAUUUUCAGAUAUAUUUGAUAUCGAUUAUUUCAUCAAACAAUUGAACGGAUUUGUUAAAGUGGUAAAAGAUCUUCCUACAGAGAUUGCUUCAAAGGAACCUUUCGAAGUUGAUUGCAGAAAACGGAAAGGCCUAUUUGACUACGUUGAAAGUGUUCUUCCUUCUCUUUUGGAGCAUCGCUAUAUUGCUAUCACACCUGCAAUGAGUCAAAGGAGGGAUAGGUAUCCUCUCCAUGCAAAAGCUGCAUUUUGUCAAGGUUGUUACAACGCCUUACGUCUCGUAGGCUCACUUGAGAAGAAAGCUUCUGAUCUUCUACAAACCAUCCCAAAACCCUUCUUGUCCCUCCACCUCCGGUUUGAACCAGACAUGGUGGCUUACAGCCAAUGUGACUAUCCGAACCUCUCCCGCUCUUCCACAAAAGCUAUAGAGGCUGCCCGAAGUGACAGAAAGCCAUGGACAGGAGAAUCUGCCCGGAUUUGGAGAAACCGGGGGAAGUGUCCCCUCACUCCAAAUGAAACCGCAGUUAUCCUUAAAUCCCUUUCUAUCCCCAGAAACACAACCAUCUAUUUGGCGGCAGGCGAUGGUUUGAUGGAGAUUGAAGGGCUUAAAUCGGUCUACACGAACGUGGUGACCAAAUCAGCUCUUAUCAGCAGUGAAGACUUAACAAAGAUGCAUGGGAACACGAAAGCCGCACUCGAUUAUUAUGUGUCGAUUAACAGUGAUGCUUAUGUGGCUACUUAUUUUGGGAACAUGGAUAAGAUGGUGGCGGCGAUGAGGGCAUUCAAGGGGUUGGAUAGGACAUUGUUCUUGAACAGGAGGGAUUUUUCUAUGUUUGUUUCUCAGGGCCUUGUGGGGAAGGAGUUGGAAGAUGUCAUUUGGAAGGUUCACAGGGAUGAUUAUGUGAUGGGGAAGGGAUCUGCAUUGCCAGACUGCUUCUGUGAAGAAAAACUUUAAACUAUACCCUAAAUUUCACUUUUAUUUGUUAUUUAAUCGAUUUUGUUUCCAAUGAGCAUCUUGCUCAUUUUCCUUUUAGGCCCAAUAGUGUAUUUAGUUGACUAUUGAAGUUUCUGCAGAAAAGUUGCUAAAGGCAAAAAGAUUAAAACAUAGAGAGAUCAUCCAAGUAAAGUGCCAAAAAACAGUGCCACAAACUACUCAUGGUUCAGACAAAGCACUACAUAAAACACUGA